CCAAUUAGCCAGUGGACAGGUGUGAAUGCCACCAACAGUCAAAAUCUCGCGAAUCAUUCACGUCAACACAAAUUACUAAAUACAUUUGAGAAAGAUACGGAAAUCUUUAUCGAGUUUGUACUGUACCAAACAUGACCGUAAAUUGUAAAAUGAAAGUUACUUUGCUUAAAGUCCUGCUGGGGAUACUGUUACUCUGUGUUACAGUCAAUCACACUAUACCUCUUGCUCCAGUUGGAACAUUCCAGACUGAGUGUCAUGAGCGCCACUUCUGGCUGGUCGUCAAGUCUGGCUUCCUUAGCCCCAUGGUCCGGAUUGAAGUUGAAGACCACCGUGGUGUCCACUUCCUGUCUGGUCAGCGGGCCGCAGAGUGUGGCUACACAGUCUUCUUCAAUCACCGCGGAGACCUGGUGUUCCGCGCCUCGUUCCUGGCCUGCCACGUUGACAACCAGGGCGACUCGGAGGUGCGUCUGAGGGGAUGGCUUGUGACCAAGCAGCUGGAGGGGAAGGACCUAGCCUACCCUUUCCUCCUGCAGUGUUCUCCCCAUUGGCCCUGGGCCAGCCGGGAAAUGGUCUGUGAGGAGAACUACAUGGAGGUGUCCGUAAAGCGACCGCUCCCCGCUCCGUUAGGCUCCGACGUGGUGAGGAGUGGGGUGAUGUUCCACGGACCGGGCCUCCACACGGAAGAGUCCAGACCCAGACCCGUGACGGAGGCCGGGGCCCUUGGCUACCACGUCUCUGUGUCGAGCUCCCGAAUCGUCAUGCGCUGCCCCUACUCCUCGCCCUUCUCCUUCACCCUUAAGGACACCGGCGUGGAGCUGGAGGUGGUCAACGCCACGGUCCUCUACCCGCAUCAGGGCCAGACCCUCGCCAUCAGCUUCACCGCGGCCUGUCCCCUCAACGAGGCUACGGCGGAGGGGGCCCGCUUGCUGUGGUCUGCGCCCCACGUCCUCACCCCCCUGGUGCGCGAGCGGCCCCGGAACUGGGGAAUGAGGAUGGGGGUGGAGACACUCGUCCUGGGGGAGUGCGCGGUCAAGGACCGGGGUUACCAGCUCCGCCUGAGCGACGGAUUGAUGGAGGUUAGCGUUCCGUUCGGCGCAGAGGGGACGCACAUUAAGAGCGGCGUGUUGGACGGCCGGUACAGCCAGUCGGCGUCAAUGGACCUGUUCUACAUGCACCAAUGGGAGGAGGAGCGCUGGCCCCUCACCCAGCACCGCUCCUUCAGGUUGCUCAAGACCCCCUACGUCCCCCGGAAUCCCACACUCACUGACAACACCAGCCCAUCCCAGGAGGUGUUCUGGGUCACCCUGGGGGCGUUUCCUCUGGAUGUGUCCCUGCACAAUGUCACCGUGGGGGGUCAGGGUGACCCCCUGCCCUGGGACCAGGUCCUCAACCCCAACAGGACACACUCCUACCAGCUGCACGUCCCCUUCUCGCACCCCCUCGUUCUCCAGUUCGGGGAAGGGGGCUAUAGGAAGUACUCCCUCUCUCUCACCUUUGCCCUGAGCAUCUCGCCCCCUGGCGAGGUUUUCUACCAUAACGCCACCAUUGUGAGUGAUGUUCACGAACCAACAGCCACCCUCCCCACGCCCAUCCCAGCCCCUCCAAGACUGGAGGGUAGGUGCAUGGAGAACGGCUUCCUGGUACUGCUGCAUUAUGGGGCCCAGGGGCGGAGCUGGGAGCUCUUCCUAGGGGCCCGCCAGCUGGACUGGGAACUGGUGAAGACGGGGGGCUUCAAGGUGGAAACGGAAGAGGAGUACUUCAGUGUGAGGAUCCCCCUCUUUAGUCCAGGCAUUAUCUUCCAGGAACUGAGUUUGCAGGGUCUUGUAGCCCAGGUGGAGGUGAGUGUGGUGGACAUAAACACACUCAAAGUGGAGGACCGUGUUAUCCAGAACUGCAUCUUCCAUGUCAGAGAACUACAGGUGUGCUUACCGGACAAGAGAAUGUUGAUAGUGACGGACACGUCACGCACGGUCCCACCCACCCAGUCCAUCCGCACCAGCCUAUUGGAUCCCAGCUGUGUUCCCCGGGAGACGGAUGGCGUCAGGGCCCUAUUCAACUUCUCCCUGGACUCCUGCGGUACCACGGAAACCGUAAUGGGGGAUUUAGUAGUGUAUGAAAACCGGGUGCUGUAUCUGCAAGAACCUCUCUCCGGGGAUCACCCGCUCGUCCACAGUGACUGGCUGACCAUCCAAUGUCGCUACCCCAAAAGUGACCCAGGCACCGUCUUCAGUGCACAGCCGGUCAACUCGACCUUUGACCUUUCACCUCUGCCGCCCCUGAAGCACACUCGCAGGGAGGCCUCCGGCAGAGGAGUUGGGCUGUAUGUGGCGGUGGUGGGAGUGGCAGUCAUUCUAGUGGGAACUUUGAUUGCUUUGAAGAUGCGCCUCUGACUUCCUAAUAAAAAGAAAUCUA